AUGGUGCGCAAACUCAAGCACCACGAGCAGCGGCUGCUGCGCAAAGUCGACUUCAUUAACUACCCCUCCGACCCCACCCACCGCUCCGCCGCAGUCAUCAGACGCUACUCACUCUCGAACCCCGCCGACUAUGCCUCCUACAACCGUCUGGCAGGAUCCUUGAGACAACUGGCGCAUCGCCUGUCACUUCUGCCGCCCGAGUCGCAGUUUCGGCGGAAGCAAGAAGAUCUGCUUCUGGAGAAGCUGCACGACAUGGGGCUUCUGGGGAUUGGCGGCGGCGGCAAAGGCAAACUCAGCGACGUCGAGCACAAGGUCACUGUCUCCGCCUUUUGCCGGAGGAGACUGGGUGUGGUCAUGACGAGGCUGAGGAUGUCUGAGACGGUCAGCGCUGCGAACAAGUUCAUUGAGCAAGGCCAUGUCAGAGUAGGGACUGACGUGGUCACCGAUCCUGCUUUUCUUGUGACGAGAAACAUGGAGGACUUUGUCACCUGGGUCGACUCCUCCAAGAUCAAGCGGAACAUUAUGAAAUACCGAGACAAGCUGGAUGACUUCGAUUUGCUAUGA